GUUGCAAACCAUCGGCUUCCCCCCUUCCCGCAGCCAGGCACCCGACCCGGAUGGCCGUUGCAAACCCUAGCAAUGCGAUACACUGAUUAGCUUCCUCCUUCCCUCGCCUGGGUUUGUGCGUGAUCUCUCUCUCUCCCCCCGCGCGCGGACAGCCAGGCGGAUAGGGGCGGGAUGGUUUCCAACAAGGAGCGGGCACGCCGCGCCAUUGACGCCAUGACGGCCCUGGGAUUCUCCAAGAAAGAGUCCACCCCCGUCCUCAGGAGUCUCCUCAAGCUCUUUGACAACAGCUGGGAGCCCAUCGAGGACGAGUGCUACCGCGCCCUCGCCGACGCCAUCCUCGACAGCCGCGACCGCCCCAAGGAGCCGGAGCAUGGUAGCCACCAUGCAAGAAUGGUUGCGCCGGAGGAAGAUCACCACCAGCCUUCUACUUCCCUUAUCGUCUAUGGCCAUCCCCGUGACUUGGAUAGUGAGAUAGAGGCACCUCGCAUCAAGAGGCCUAGAACCAACUCUAAUAAUUUCUCAGCAGAUCACUGUAUUGAUCCUCAGUUGUCCCCGCCAUCUUCUGUUACUGCACAAGAGAGGGCAAGGCAGAUGAUGGAUGAAGAUUUCCAACAUGCUGUCUUCUUGAGAGAGCCUAAGCCUGAGCCUGAUAUAGAUGUUGCACAGAGCCUUCAUGAUGCUCAAGUUGGCAUUGUUUCCCAUCCGUUCAACACCAGCUCCUCAGGUGCUGCAGAUCCUCUAGCAUCGCGUCCAUCCGUUCAAAAUCAAACAGAGAUUUCAGGUAAUAAAGGCAGGCCAGUUCAGCAUUGUAGAACAAGGACAUCAUCCACUUCCUUUGUUGAACGCACGGGCAGCAUGGGGAAGCAACCUCAAAAUCGGGAAAGUUUGUCCGAUCACACAGCUGUGAUGCACAACACUGGGACAGGAUCUGCAGAUGAACGUACACAAGAAGCACCUUACUUGCACACUGUUGUAGCAUCAUCCACUAUGGGUGAUGUCAAGAUGUCAAUAGAAUGCAACAUAGACCCAUCGAAGUUCUGCAUGCCCAGUUUAGAAGAAGUUUUCAGGAUGGUUGAGGAUAAAUGCCUUCACUCAUACAAGAGUCUCCCACCAAAUUUUUCCGUUAGCAGCCUGAUCAAUGAGAUAUGCCAAUGUGUAGCACAACUGGCCAAUGGCAGUACUGCAGAAUAUAAUGUACAAUCAGAUUCUUUUGAUAAUGGCAGAAACUCGCAAAAGGAGUCAAUGAUGAGUGGUGCUGCACUCAUGAAACCAAUUGCUUCCAUGAAUAGCGGAGGCAUGAAAUAUAAAUCUGUAGAAGAUUCAUUGGUUUUAGAAACUUCAGAGAAUGGACAAGAAUAUUCAACAGUUCCUCAGCAUCUGGCACUUUCUCAAGUAAGGUGUACCCACGAUGUGUCUGAUAUAUCAAAGGGAGAAGAAAAGGUAAGGAUAUCAGUGGUGAACGAAUUUGGCAGCGAGAAAUGUCCACCUUCCUUUUAUUAUAUACAAAGAAACCUUGUUUCCCCGAAGGCCUAUGACAACAUCUCUGCUGCCGGAAUUGGUGACGAGGACAGUUGUGCUGACUGCUUCGGCAACUGCUUGUCUGCCCCUAUACCAUGUGCCUGUGCAAGAGAAACUGGGGGUGAAUUUGCAUAUACACCAGGAGGUUUGGUUAAGACAACAUUCCUUGAUGAGUGUUUCUCUAUGAAUUUAUUCCCAGAAAAACAUCAUAAGUUCUUCUGUAAACCACUGGAGAGGCCCAGGAAUGAAGCUCUACCAGAGCCUAGCAGACGCCAUCUUGUUAGGAAGGUUAUCAGGGAAUGCUGGAGUAAAUGUGGUUGUAACAUGCAAUGCGGUAACCGUGUGGUUCAACGUGGUAUAGCUUGCAACCUGCAGGUGUUUUUCACACAAGAAGGGAAGGGUUGGGGCCUACGCACACUUGAUGAACUUCCAAAAGGAGCUUUUGUCUGUGAAUAUGUUGGCGAGUUGCUAACAAAUACGGAGCUCCGUGAAAAGACAUCUCAAAAAGCGUGCAAGGCUGGGUAUACGUACCCGGUGGACUUGGAUGCUGAUUGUGAUUCAGAGGGGGUGUUGAAGGACAAAGAGGCUUUAUGCCUGGAUGCAACAUUUUAUGGGAAUGUUGGGAGAUUCAUCAACCACAGAUGCUACGAUGCAAAUUUAGUUGAGAUCCCUGUUGAAGUGGAGACCCCUCAUCAUCACUAUUACCAUCUUGCACUUUUCACAAACAAGAAGGUGGAGGCAUUUGAGGAGCUCACAUGGGAUUAUGGCAUCGAUUUUGAUGGUGAUAAGCAUCGUGGCGGAACAUUUCAAUGCCUGUGCGGAAGCAGAUACUGCCGCGGCAGGAAGGGUCGUAGGAACCGAGGAAAAGCUGCUGCAAAAUAAGCUGGGGUUGAUGCGAAGCAUGGCUGUUUAGGUUAGCGAGCAAUCUAGUCAGUUGUAGCUUAGCAAGCCGGAAUUUUGUAUGGUCAUAAUUGAUGUUGGAGGGAUGUUUUUGGCGCGCGCGCGCGCGCGUCUGAGACAAAGCGUUGCUCAUAGGUUAGAUGCAUCAUUUAGCCGAAUGAAACUGCUGAACUUUAAAUCUCGCCCGGCGGUUUGAAUUUGUUUUCGAGUUGGGGGCUGGAAACGGAGGCCCACGACAUCUUCACAGGGCUAUUCUUCUGUAGUCAGUUUA